CCAGAGGCGUUAAUUUUUUUGAGAAGGGUUUUUGAGAGGGGCAUUUUUUCGAAGGCGGUGUUAAUUUGUUUUGGUGUGCAAUUGAUACGAUAUACUCAAAUAAACGCUCCUUUAAUUCCACUGUAAGUAUGGAUCUACAACACAUAAUUACCGUCAAAAUGUGAGUAUUGUGCGAUCAUAAAGGCUUAUUGAUCCCAACCAGGUUAGUAAAAAUGAGUAGAACAUUAAUAGAACAUUUAUAGAGUGUGUUGAGAAUGAUGCUGCUUCCAUUAUAUUUGUUUACAGUCAUUAAAGUGGGGAUUAUUCGCGGAAAAAGGCAUCGCGGCGUUUAUUGGGGAUUAUUCGAGGAAGGCGUUUAUUCCAAAUGCGGCUCCAGUGGAGGCGGUUAUUUAAAGCGGUGCAUUUAUUCGAAUAAAUACGUAUUAAUAAAAAUGAACCAGAACGUACCAGACCAAAUGAACGAUCAUGCAGUGGCGUGGUUGAUAGUGAUUCCCAUCUGCAGUGUCGAAACAGUAGUGUGUUUAUUUGCAAUCGCUUCGAGGACUCACUGGAAAUGCCCUGAUGUUCUCCUAUUUUCUUUCGUCUUUAUCCAACUUCUUUACCUAACGAUCCCUAUGUUGAUUUAUUCAAUCAACGUAAGAAGGAACGAUAUUUCUAUGGCAGUAUGCAGGUUGGUUGUUUGGUGUGUCCUCAGUUUUCGAAUCAUGAUGAGUCUACAUAUGACGUAUCUUGCCAUGGAUCGCGUAUGGAUCUUAAAAUGGCCACGUGCGUAUCAUCUACACAAUACAAACAGGCAAAGCUGCAAAAACUCAAUUUUUAUGUGGUUAUUUGGAAUGUCCAUAGGUGCCAUCGGAUUAUCAAAUUGGCGCGAAUCUGAUCUAGAUCUAUAUCUGAAAUGUGGGCUCGUUCUGUACACACCCAACUACGUUUACUCUCUGUGCGUUAUUGUCAUCAUUCUGGGUAGCCUUGUUUUGGGUGUAAUGUGCGUUGGAACAUUGGUCGUCGACACAAUAAGAACUCAAGAAACUGACCCAGUCAUACCUACCAUUAUCAUCGAAGACGAGAUUGGCAUGAAGACGCAGACUGUAAAAGUUGCAAAGGAGGAGCAGAACCGCCAAGUUAACAAGAUCGUCUGCUUUAUAUUUAGUGUAUACUACGUCCUGAGUGUGCUGCCGUUUGUGAUUGUGAAUCUAUAUUCCCUGCCAAAUAUGGUGGAUGAUUGGAUGCCAAUCGUUAUUCAGUGGUGCACAUUAAUUGGUUACGUCAUAAAUCCUAUACUGAUGGGCGUGGUAUGUGAUCGCUAUAGGAAAGGAUAUGUUCGUUGUCUUGGCAACCUCGGAUGCAUGGCAGGCGGAAAAUCAGAACGUAAUCAAAGUGUUCAAAGGCAGGAGACACUGGACUCACUGGAUAACGUUCCUUCAACAGAGAACACAAUCGAAUUUCAUUCACCAAUGUGUGAAGUCAUGGAUAAUUUGGAAAAAGAAAUAGACAGACGUGAACAAGUCCCACAUGGGAGUAUAGAGCAUCAAACUGAGAACUCUUUGAUCAUCCCUAAUGAUGACUCGUUCAUUGGAUUUCAGGAAGAAUGCCAAAAGGAAGAUCUAACAUUCGAGAACGAAGUUUACGAAAAAGAUCAUGAUAUGACAAAAUCCGCAGAAAUCGUUAACGAAACUGAAACUUCUAAUAGUAAGCAAGUUAGAAAUAAUCGCAGACGACAAAAACGAAAAUUGUCAAACGAGGAAAAAAUUAGACGAGCUAAAGAGCGAUACCAGAGGAGUAAACAAGCCGAUAGUCCUAGCUCUAGUGACAAAACUGAAGUAACCAGGACUUCUCGAAAAAAGGUACCUCGGUCUAGACACAAAGAAACAAAUGAUGUUGAUUUGCAGUCUCAUUCUAGUUCUACAGAAAGUGAAGUAUUAGAGAAAGAUACUUCAACUGAGAUCGGUUCCAGUCUUUACGACAUACCGGAAGAAUGUCCACCACCGUCCGACGUAAUAUCAAUAGUUGGAAUUUCAAAUCAGAGUAGGGAUGGAAAAAUUAUAUCAAAUUUUCAAAUUUCAGAAAUAAAAAACAUCGAAUAUGGUUCGCUUGCUAAGCAAACGGACAGCUUCAAGAGUAUGUUACCAUUAGAAGAUAAUUUUGGGUCUGAUAAAAAUGAUGGCCCCAUGAACAGUUUGGUAAAAAUAUCGGCGAGAGAAAUGCGAGAGAAAUUCCGAGAAUCUCGACAGCAGGAAGCUCAUGUGGUUAGCUCAAAUUCAAGUAGUGAGGCUAUCGUAUUUGUAUAAAAAUUAAUAACUUACAUAUUUGAAUAGUACUUGGUGCAAAUAAACAACGCGCAUUUUGUAAUAACUUGAAAUGCAAAUCUAAAAGAGUUUCUUUCUGAGCUACCGUCGCGUAGUUUGGCUUGCUAAUAUUUACCACAUUUCCGUGUGCCUGUUGAUAAAGACAACAUUGUUCGAUCUAACAGGCGACUGGUUAAAGUUUCGUGUGCAGCCUUUUUUUUUUUUAUAGCUUAUUGCAUACACUGACUUUAGACUACUAGCGAAUAGAGAACAACACCAUUAAUUAUGCAUUUUUUUAUUGACUAUUGUGUAAUAAAAUGCUCCGAGCCAUCACUAAAGCAGAUAUUAUCCUAUACUAAUUAACAUCUCUAUAAAUUGCUUUCGGUUGUGAGCAAUUAAGUGAAUUGCAGGCCUAUAGUUUGUUAUUGAUGUCCUUUUUUCCAUCUAAAGUAAAUAAUGAGACGAGGAUUGUUAAAAAAAAAUAUAUGUCCUUUAAUAUGAAAAAAAAAACUAACUGCGUUUCUCUUGGGAUGUUUCCGUUCACAAUCGUCACAGUUUGACGCGCACAUGCAAUUGCAUUUGUCAGGAAAUAGAAAUUAAUAACAAUUCUAAGACUACUAGGCAAGGCUGCCAAUAGUUAAAAUGUUUUAUUAAACUUCAAAUUCAUAA